GUGCUUCGGCACUUUACGAUAGUAAUGGCCCAGUCGUUCUUCUUUCUGAGAGUAAUUGGGCCGAGGAGGUUUUUUAUACGGAGAAAGUUGUGGUCGUAGAAUUUUUCGCGCCUUGGUGUGGACAUUGUAAAAA